UGAUCUUUUGCUGAUUCAUUGGAUAAGUUGACGGUUUACUUUUGAGAAAACUUAACGAUUUCUUCUUUAAAAAGUAAUCGUGAUUGCUACGUCUCGUCAUUCCCUUCUUCUUUAUUCAGUUAAUCGUGAUUGCCAGGUCUCAUAGUUUCUAAUUACUGUACGAUUUUGAUUAGUCGAUGAGAAAAUCAAUUAGUUUCAUAAAUUAAUUAUCGUGAUUGCUAGGUCUCAUAUUUCCCAAUAACUGUACUUACGAUUUUGAUUAGUCGAUGAGAAUCUUAAUGACUGUAUGAUUUUGAUUAAUCGACAAGUUUCUAAAUUAAUGAUCGUGAUUGCUCAGUACAAAUAGUUUCUCAGAAGUCCUUCCCUCGUCAAUCCUAUCGGACUAGCCAUGGAAGCCUUCUAAUAAGUGAAGUGAUUCUUUUUACCGGAGAGAAGCCAUCCAUGACAUGAGCAAGGUGGAUCCGAAGCGCGGGUGCAGUUUGCAUCAGUUUUUUAGCUCGUGAAGAUCAAAUGAGACUUUACCGACAAAGCCUAUGAGGCUCAUAAUGAUCAUACUCGAGUUUUUGCCUGAUCUUCUAGACCUGUCGAUCCACUAAAAGUUUCAAUUCACAAAAUUCUCCGUCUGAUCUUCGUCAUCCUCGCCUUCCUGAUGCCUAAGAAUGGAACUCUACACCCUGUUCUUACAAUCUCAAGAUUUUCCUGAUGCCUAAGAAUGGGUCUGUCAACUCCCCGUCGUUAGCUCUGAUCCAUGAGGCGUCGUUGAAGGCGGUUUCUGAUUUCGGUUAAGCGAAAUUAGAGUGAUAAAUGAUAGUUCCCGGUAGAUUUUCCUAAUUGCUCUGCUUUUCACGGCGCGGCAGUCUGAAGGCUUUCGGAAGAAAAUCAAUUCACAAGCACAAGCAGAACUGUAGAAGAGAGGAAGAAGGUACGAAAUUUACAGUGUAAUUCCACGUACCUGUUAUUGGAUGCUUGAAGGAAUUUCAGCUUUGGACUCUAAAUUGUAUAAGAUUCCUCCGUUUGGUCAAUGAGAAAAACGGGACUCGAGCUGUCCUCAUAAUACAUGAAUAAUGUUUACAAGCUCCAUUGUUUCAUAAUCAAAACCGGCAAGCAGAAUGAUCUUCUCUACCUCCGGAGCCUCCUUCUUUCCUGUGCUGCCGCAGCUCCAAAAAGCGUAUCUUAUGCUCGCUCUAUCUUCUCUCGCAUACCUUCUCCAGAUACCUUCUCUUAUAAUACCAUCAUCCGAAUCCACGCCCACUUCUUUCCUUCUCAUUCUCUGUCCUACUUCUCUACUAUGCGGUGCCAUGGCGUCCCUCUUGAUAAUUUCACAUUCCCAUUUGUUCUUAAAGCAUGUGCUCGACUCCAGAUUGACCUUCAUCUUCAUUCCCUCAUUGUUAAGCAUGGUUUCGAUUCUGACAUUUUUGUGCAGAACGCUUUGAUGAGUGUUUAUGGGUGCUGCGGGUCUGUAGAGCUUGCAUUGAAGGUGUUUGAUGAAAUUUCUGAGAGAGACUCUGUUUCUUGGUCUGCCAUUAUUGCUUCUUUUGUUAAUAAUGGCUAUGCAUCUGAGGCUUUGGCCUUGUUCAAACAAAUGCAAUUGGAAAAUAAAGUAGUACCUGAUGAGGUAACUAUGCUCAGUGUGAUAUCUGCAGUCUCACACUUGGGAGCAUUAGAAUUGGGUCGUUGGGUUCGGAUGUAUAUUGGUAGGAUUGGCUUGGGAAUUUCUGUUGCUCUAGGCACCGCUCUUAUUGACAUGUUCUCCAGAUGUGGGUCCAUCGAUGAAUCGGUUAGAGUGUUUGAGGGAAUGGCGGUGAGGAAUGUGCUGACAUGGACUGUGCUGAUAAAUGGGCUGGCAGUUCACGGGCGGAGUAGGGAGGCUUUAGCAGUGUUUCACAGCAUGAGGAAUUCGAGUGUGCAGCCAGAUUACGUUACAUUCUCUAGUGUCUUGGUAGCUUGUAGCCAUGGUGGUCUUGUAAAAGAAGGUAGACAUGUUUUUGAAAGCAUUCGAAAGGAUUAUCAGAUGGAUCCUCUUCUAGAGCAUUAUGGCUGCAUGGUCGACCUCCUUGGUCGUGCAGGCCUACUGAGUGAAGCUUAUGAAUUUGUUGAAAGAAUACCAGUGAAGCCAAAUUCAAUCAUCUGGAGGACUCUUCUUGGAGCCUGUGCAAAUCAUAACAAUCUUGAUUUAGCUGCAAAGGUUAAGGGGAAGAUCUGCGAGCUGGACUCUUCGCACGAUGGCGAUUUUGUGCUUCUUUCUAAUGCAUAUGGAGCAGCUGGUAGAUGGGCUGAAAAAGCAUCAGUAAGGAGUUGGAUGAGAGGGAAAAGAAUAAUGAAGGAACCUGGCUAUAGUUUGAUUAAUGUAGACCAAGUGACUCACGAGUUUGUUUCUGGAGACAGUUCUCAUCCUCAAUCUGAGGAGAUAAUGAAGUUCUUAAGCUCAAUAAUAGGAGAGCUAAGAAACGGUGGUUACACUCCCCACACGGAAUAUGUGCUACACGAUAUCGACGAGGAGGAAAAAGAGCAUUUUUUAAGUUAUCAUAGUGAGAAAUUGGCUGUGGCUUUUGCUCUUCUUAGUUUGAAAGAUAAAAGGACCAUAAGGAUCAUGAAGAAUCUUAGAAUUUGUCAUGACUGUCAUUCAUUUAUGAAAUAUAUUUCAGACAAGUAUGAGAGGAAAAUAAUCAUUAGGGAUCGCAACCGAUUUCAUCAUUUCGAUAAAGGAUCAUGUUCAUGUCAUGGUUAUUGGUGAAAGUUUCUCCUAUAAAUGGUUCCCUUUUCCCAUAUGUGUACUUCAGUAGUGCCAAUUCUUCAAUGGUAUAAAGUUCAAUUUUUAUUUUUA